AUGCACAUCGAGGGCCUCUACCGCGACAAUACCGAGACGUGUGCCAGCUACCUCGAGCAGGAGUACUACGGCCUCAUGCAGGGCUCUAUGACCGUCACCGACUACUGCCAUAAGCAAAAGACUCUCGCCGACGAGCUGAUUGUGGUUGGUACUCUGAUGAUCGACAAGAGCCUCGUACUCAAUACCUUGCGCGGAUUGAGCCCGCGGCUUGCGCACAUGCACACACUUAUCGCCAUGCAGCGCCCCCAUUUCGUCCUUCCUGGGACUCGCUCAACUCUCCUCCUCGAAGAACUGACUGCGCCGUCUAACUCCUCAGGCAGCAACUUGACUCCUUCGGUCUACAUCACCACCUCCGGCGCCACCUCCUCCAAGGGCUCCUCCGGUUGGUCUUCCUCUAACAUUGCCGGUCCUGGCCAAAACCGCACCACUACCACCAACUCCGGCUCCUCUCAUCGCAACAACAAUUGCCGCCAAAACAAUGGGCACGGAAACAGCAGCAUUGGCAACCAUGGUGGCUAUGGCAGCAAGGGCCUGGGUGUGUUCACCACUGUCCCAACUCCGGCUCUGUCCCCUGGUGUCCAGUGGCCGAUCGCACUAGGCACGCAGUGGUCUGGCAUGGCGGCACCCUCCGUGCAAUACAGCUUCAUGCCACCUGCCUCCUGA